AUGGUGAGUGUAAGUAAUGGAGAUGAUGGGAUCAGUGAUGAUGAAUGGUGUGUGGAGUUGGCAGGUGAGUGUGUGCGUGAAGGAGAGUGUGAUGCGGGGGUGCAGGGGGAGUGUGAUGCGGGGGUAGAGAGGGAGGCAGAAUACUCCGCAACCCACCUGCGGCAAGCAGACCCAAACCGCAGGCAGCCCGCGGAGGAGUUUGCCAGGCCCCUUGACCAGCCUGCUACUUCUCUUGCGGGUGCUGGGCUUGCUGGCGAGCCUGGAAACACACAUGAGGGCACACAACAGCAGCAUAUAGACGCUCAGAGUGGGCAGUGUGAGUUGAGCAGCAAUGCAACAACAGAUAGUAAUGCUACAAGGGACACCGAGGCCUUGGGUAAAGGCAUGAGACCGAAGAUUCCGAAUGUGAAGCUCCGUGACUAUGUGACACACACAAUCCGAAAUUUAAGUUCAUCUACAUCAUCUCAAAGUUCACUUGUGACAUCGUUUUCCUCAGGUACUGUUUACCCUAUAACACAUUUUAUUGAUUCUCACCGAUUUUCUAUGAAGCACAGAACAUAUAUUGCAACUAUAACAGGAGGAAAUGAACCUAAAAGUUUUAAGGAGGUCAUGAAAAACGAGGGUUGGAGGAAGGAAAUGGAAGAUGAGAUACAGGCUCUAGAAGAACGGGGUACUUGGGUGCUAGAAAAACUACCACAUGGUAAAAAGGCUCUCGGGAGUAAGUGGGUGUACAAAGAAAAAUAUGAUGAGAAUGGAAAUUUGCAAAGAUUAAAGGCGAGGCUUGUUAUCUUUGGAAACCAUCAGGUUGAAGGUCUAGAUUAUAACGAGACGUUUGCUCCGGUAACAAAAAUGGUGACAGUCCGGACCUUUCUUGCAGUAGCGGCGGUGAAAAAUUGGGAAGUUUAUCAAAUGGACGUUCACAAUGCCUUUCUUCAUGGCGAUUUGGAGGAAUAG